CUCCGUGUUGCAUUAUUAAAACUCUUGUACCGCGCGGGAACAUGUUCAACGGCUGUGGGAGAAUAGUCGACGACAGAGGAAGGAACAACAAGCUCAAUUCCUUUUUUUCCCCUCUGUUGGUUGCCUCUGCGCUUACAGGCGGGGAAGCAUUUUGUCCAUAUUUUUCUCGCGUCAGUUGCGAGUGGAGGAGGCGGGACCGCGUGGAUUUUAUUUGAUUCGCACUCCGGUGUUUACAGCGGAUUUCUUCCGCUCCGAAUAAUCCUUUCAAACCACUUGCCUAAAUGAAACCAUGCCGGAACUCUUCUCCAAACAACCACGCUAUUUUUUGAUGAAGUAGCAAUAUUCUCCAUGCGUGCUGUGUACGAGUAUCGAACGCAGGGACUUGUAUAGCAGAGCUGGCAAUCCCCCAGUAUGCCCUUGUGCGACUCGUGUGGUUUUCCCGCCAAUAUUUUUGAGGUCACGCGCAGUGACCUCGCAUGAAGCGCGCCAUCACACACUGGUUUGAAACCAGUCCGGUUUGUUUGCGGUAGUUGCACGCACGCGAGGACAAUCCACCACGCGCCGAUAUCGGUACGGUGCGCUACCGACUGCCAGCCCUUCGCGUCAGGACAAGUGUAGAGGAAAAACUGCCGCAUACUUAACUGCUAACGUUUGCCGAACUAGUCUGUUACCUGACUGGGAAUCUUGACAGAAAUCUUGAGCUGAAAUCACAGAUUUUCUGAGGGGAGGAAAGACGACGUUGCAAUGGGGAGGUUCGUUGUAAUGUGCUGCGUGUUGAAUUGCCUCGUCGUCCGUUGUAUCUUGGGUGCGUGCAGCGGUCCUGGUGGUGGGUACGAGUACAACACCAACAAGCAAGAGGAACAGGCCAGGGAGAACAUCACACGUAUCCUGGACCACCUGACUACCAAUUACGAUAAGAACCUACGCCCUGGUAUCAAAGGUCCACCGAUCGUUAUCCAGAGCGAUAUCUUCGCCCUGAGCGUCGGACCAGUCGUAGAGAUAGACCUGGAAUUCAGCAUCGAUGUCUUCUUCCGUCAGCGCUGGACCGACCCCCGGCUCCAAUUCAACAGUUCCUCCGUGGAGAUGCUGCAGCUCAACACCAUCAUGCUGGAGUCUAUCUGGUAUCCUGACACCUACUUUUUCAACGGCAGGCGCAGCAAGCGCCACACCGUGACCACGCCCAACCGACUAUUCCGCAUCUCGCCCGAGGGAAAGGUCCUGUACACGCAACGUUUGACCUUGAAAGCAGAGUGCAUGAUGAACCUGGCCAAGUACCCCAUGGAUGUACAAGUCUGCCCUCUACACUUCGGAAGCAAUAGUUAUUCCGAGGAGGACGUGGUUUACCGCUGGCUGUACGAGCCCGAGAACGCCUCGGCCUCCAUUGAGGUAUCCGAAGACAUCCGAUUCUCCCAAUUCUCGCUCAAGACGUGGAACGCCGAGAGGAGCGUCAAGGUGUCAGACCGGAUUGGUAACAGGACUCAACUGACAGUGAAAUUCCACCUGGCCCGUAACGCAGGGUUCUUCGUCAUCUCCACCUACAUUCCCUGCGUGUUGCUUGUCGUUCUCUCGUGGGUCUCCUUCUGGCUGAACAGGGAGGCCACGCCCGCUCGAGUUGCGCUGUGUAUCAUGACCCUACUGACCAUCACCACCCUGGGCUGGAGUUCCCGUGCCGUCCUGCCCAAGGUCAGCUACGCCAAGGCCAUAGACUGGUUCAUCGUUAUGUGCUUCGGCUACGUCUUCGCUGCCAUGGUGGAGUAUGCCGCCGUCAACUACUUCACCAAGAGACGGGCUGGCAUGCUACCUGGAAUGGCCGAUGAUGACGACGAUGACAUGGCACAAGCUGAGGCAGAGAACGUGGAGGCCACCCUCCGCAAGAAGCGUCGCUUCACCCUCCUGAGCAGCCUGACCCGCUACAACAUCAAGGUCAAGAACCCCGAAGACUCCACCAAACAGUCCUUCCUGAUGGAUCUACUCAGCUGCAUCUGCGGCAACGCCGAGUACCGCAAUGCCCGGCUGCGGCAGAGCCGGGCCUCCGGGAAGCCCUUCAACAGCGUCAGCCGGAUCGACGUGGCCUCACGCGUCAUCUUCCCGGUGUCCUUCAUACUAUCCAAUGGUAUCUUCUGGUUUGCCUACAACUAAGGAGCUGGCAACAUUGUCUACAAAUUUAACAGCUCGGUACAGAAAACAUCCGAAUAUUUGGUUCCGAAAUUGUAAAAUGAACAAUAAAAAGCGAACCGUUUGACAUUUAUAAAAUUAAAGCCUUGCUAGCUUGCAUCGUCCACCUUCUCAAAAACAGAAUAUGGUAUUUUAUAAGAAGGGUGUAAAAUAUUUCAAAAUUGUUCUCAUUUCAAUACUGUUAAAAGUGUGUUGGUUGCUGAAGAAGUGCUGAUUCUGUGAAUACAUUAUUUAAUACCAAUUUAAAGUCUUAUAAAAUUGCGUGUUAUGUAAUGAAAAUAUCCGUGUGAGGAAAUAGAAAUUAAAUCGAUAAUUAGUUAUUGAUAACUCACUUAAAAAACUCCGCGUAUAGACCCCCCCCCCAAAAAAAAAUGAAUUGUACUACGGUUAGAAUUUGUAGCGAUUGAUGAAUUUAUAAUUGGCAUAGUUUGAUACAACUAAUUAGAGAGUUUUCCUUAGUCUGUAUAUUUGUGUCAAUUAUUUUUUUUUUAUAUUUCAUAAUGUCUUGGGACUUCAAACGUUCAAUUCUUAAAUUAUUUAUUUAUAAUUGGGAGAGGCACACGCUAAAUAAAAUUGUGAUAUCCUAAGAAAA